AUGUUCAACACCUUCAAGUACGACCCCGAGACCAAGAGCGUCCAAGAGCUCAGGCGGGCCUCAGACCCCAUCUCUGCCCGAUCAAGCCAGCACCAAGCUUGCAAUAACUGCCACGCUAAAAAGCUCAAGUGCAGCGGCGACAAGAAUGGAUGUGAACGCUGCAUCGCCAGCCAGCUCGUCUGCGAAUACACCCGCUCCCCUUCUCGCAGAGGCGGUAGAAAGUCCAGCGGCAGGAAUUCCACUGAUAGCCGCGAGUUAGCCGGCGGCGACAGCAGCCCUGGCAGCCACUCUGGCAAAUCUAGACAUCGGAGCAGCAAACAUCCCCAAUAUGCUGGGGCUGGCAGCAGCAGCAAAUCCAAGUCUCGAUCUGGCGACUACGGUGAUGCGCUGGACCUAUUAGACCCUGACACGCUCGGUCCCGAUGAUGGAUUCGACUUGCGAACUCUGUCUCUAGAGGGUAGCGGCGACGCCAUGGCUUCAGAUGGUACCUACGGGAGCGGCGCCUAUUACGGCCAACAGCAGCAUGGUGGAGGCAGCUGGCAGCAGAUGCCCUCUCAUGGACAAUAUGGCGAGUACAUGGGCGGCUCCAGCUCCAGCGGCCAAAACUACGACGGUGGAGAGUACUACGAAAACUAUGACGAGUACGGACAGUACCACGACCAAAACGACCCCCGAUACUGGGGUGGCCACCAGCAGCAAUAG